AAAUACUUACUCGAGUACUUUUUGUAGGUAGUAGAUUUAGAUGGAAAAUUUCCAUUGGAAAUUUAUUCUCAAAUUUUUAUAACAAUUAAAUAGUCAGUUUUGUCAGUAAGCAAACUACGGAGUUCAGAGAAAAAUGCAGCUUGUUCGAAAUUUUCGGUUGGGAUCUUAUCAUGAUGUCGGCCUUAUCGGGUCCAUAUCCCACCGCAAGUUUAGUUGCGCGAGACAUUCCCUAUCCCAGAAACGGAUCGAGGCAGUCAUAAUCGGUCCACCAGGUUCAGGAAAGGGGACGAUUUCAUCUCGAAUUGUGAAAGAUUUCCAAUUGGAUCAUCUCUCCAGUGGGGACAUACUCAGGUCGCACAUACAAAAGAAGACCGAUUUUGGCAACAAAAUCGCCCCCAUAGUCACUUCUGGUCAGUUGGUCCCGUUCGAAUUGUUAGCUCCGCUGAUGGAACAUGAGACAAAAUCGAGUAAAUCACCUUCCGGCUGGUUGCUUGAUGGUUAUCCUCGCAGUUUACAACAAACCGAACGACUGCAUAAAACAUCAGCCCCAAACGUAACGAUUUAUCUUAACGUCCCCUUCGCCACGAUAAUCGACCGUAUCAAGUCCCGAUGGGUGCACAUUGCAAGCGGUAGGGUGUACAACUUGGAUUUUAAUCCUCCUAAAGUCCCGUUUAAGGACGACGUGACCAACGAACCUCUCGACCAGAGAGACGACGAUAAACCAGAAUCUGUCAGGAAACGAUUAGAAGUUUACCAAUCGAUGGUAGACCCUGUCCUAAAAUUUUACCGGGACAAGAAAUUGCUCAUCGAAUUCUCUGGAACAGAGUCAAACGUCAUUUGGCCCGAAGUGAAAAAGUUUUUAGCCCAGUUUCAAAAAGUUUAAGAACGCUUCAUUCAUUCAUGACUCGAUGACAUGGUGCUGUCUAGUUUUAUUUAUUUCCUGGAAAUAUUGAGCUUGCCAUUUAAUUAUGUGUGAACAAUUUAUUACAUUCCCUGACAAAUUGUGAAGGCCUAAUUUAAUAUUUUGUGAUGCUCGGAACUGUAUUUAAUUAAUAUUUGUGCCAGGUAAAUUUAGGAUUUAGUUAGAAUUCUUUAAAUUGACAUUGUUAAUGAUUUAAGUAUGAAAUUUAUCCUUGAAUUAUUGAUAUUGACUUGAAAAUACCGUGUGCUCUCUGUCUCUCUCUUUGGACCUUGCCACGACAAUAAAUAUUCUUAAAUGGAGACUAACUUUA